GGCACGGAGAGCCCGGCUGGGGAAGGCUGCUGCCCUGGCCAGGUGGUGUUUUUCUGAAGUUGUUCAUUGAGACAUUGCUGAGCAUUGCUGGUGAGGUGAAGCUACUGGCCGCUGGGACUCAGCACUCUGUAUGAAUGCCGUCAGCUCGGGAUCCAGACCUCACUGCUUCUGCUGCCUGGGACCGGACUGAGCGACCCUCGCCGAGACUUCCUUCCCGGACCUCCUCGCAACUCACAGCAGUCUUUCUGGAUUGACCCGGUGGACUCCAGCCUCGCUUUCCCACCGUGAACAUCAAUAUGUGUCAUGUCAUUGUCACCUGCCGCUCGAUGCUCUGGACCCUCCUGAGUAUCGUCGUGGCCUUUGCUGAGCUCGUCGCCUUCAUGAGCGCGGACUGGCUGAUCGGGAAAGCCAAGACCCGCAGCGGCGACGACCAGGCAGGCUCGGACUCCGAGUCCCACUACCUGGGCAUCCUCUGCAUCCGCACCCCUGCCAUGCAGCAAGUCCCUCGGGACACAUUGUGCGGGACCUACGCCAAGAGCUUCGGGGAGAUAGCCAGCGGCUUCUGGAAGGCCACCGCUAUUUUCCUGGCCAUGGGGAUCUUCAUUCUCUGUGUAGUGGCCUUGGUGUCCGUCUUCACCAUGUGCGUGCAAAGCAUCAUGAGAAAAAGCAUUUUCAACGUCUGCGGGCUCCUGCAGGGAAUCGCAGGUCUCUUCCUUAUCCUCGGCCUGAUCUUCUACCCUGCAGGCUGGGGCUGCCAGAAAGCCAUAGACUGUGGACGGUAUGCAUCUCCCUACAAACCUGGAGACUGCUCCUUGGGCUGGGCCUUUUAUACUGCCACUGGGGGCACAGUCCUCACCUUUAUCUGUGCUGUCUUCUCCGCACAAGCAGAAAUUGCAACCUCCAGUGACAAAGUCCAGGAAGAAAUUGAAGAAGGGAAAAACCUCAUCUGCCUCCUUUAGUCUGGAAGACAUUACUGCCACCGUUACCUUUCUUUCUGGCCUUGUGACACAGUCUUCAUCAUUUGAACCAAGUGAAGAACCAGUCUUGACCUCCUGGAGCCACAUCCCACAGCCCCGGGCCUUCGUGGGACCAGUGAGGGGCACCACCCACCAAGCAGCGCUCUUGGACAUGCCGGCUGCAGAGCAACUAAUGAGA